AUAUAUAUUUGUAGGUACCAAAAUAACAAAAAUAAAUAUGGGUUUCGAUGAUGGGCGUAUGGUUUUAGAAAGCCCUAACGGAGCAUAUUACUCGGGCCAAACAGUUCGAGGAAAACUCACAUUUGAACAAAACAAAGUAAAGUCAUUUCGAGGUAUAUAUGUGAAAAUACUUGGCUUCUGCAAAGUUCACUGGACAACAACAGAAUCACGCAGAGUUAAUGGCAAAACUACAACUUACAGGAAAACUCAUGAAUCAUACGAGGAAUAUGUCAACAUGAAAGUUUAUUUAGUUGGCGGUGAAUCGGGAGACCAUCAAAUACAACCGGGACAUUAUGAUUAUCCAUUUACUUUCAACCUUCCUGCUGGAUGUCCGGCGUCUUUUGAGGGCAACUAUGGUCACAUAAGAUAUGAGAUUAAAGCAGUUGUAGAUAGAGCAUUUAAAUUUGACCAAGAAAAGAAGAUUGCUGUACGAGUAAUAACUCCCAUGGAUCUCAAUAGUGAUCCAUAUUGUAGGGAACCAAUUGAAAUGGAAUUCAAUGCUUCAUAUUGCUGCUGCUGUUUUAGUUCAGGUUCAUGUGAUACUGUCGUCAAUGCUCCCAUGUCUGGCUACUGUCCUGGGCAAACAAUUCCGAUUGAAAUUUCAUGCGAAAAUAAGGGCAAUGUAGAAAUUAGCCAAAUUGUCAUACGCAUUGUUAAGGAAGUAGUCUUUAUUGCAACACACCAUUCGGGAAGAAGGACACAGAAUGAUGUCGUAGCUGAGAUAAAAAAAGGGUCUGUACCUGGCGACACCACUCGCAACUGGACAAUAGAUAUGGAAGUACCUGCUUUAGAUAUUUACAAUGUGUCUUCAUGCAGAUACAUUGAUAUAGAUUACAAAUUAGAAGUCACCAUUUCUCCUAGCGGAUGUCACAAUGACUCGGAAGGAUCACGAAAAAUAAUUAUUGGGACUACUCCCUUAGUUGGUUUCCAGGACAAUGUACACAAUCCACUGCAGGACCAAAUGCCUCAACCGAUUGCAGCAGUGACCCAACAACCCUUAUCGUCUUAUCCUGCUGCCAGUCCUUAUCCAUACCCUGGCAGUCCUCCCUCACAAAUAAAUGCACCGUAUCCAAACAGUCCUCAUCAACAUCUUCCUUAUCCUGUCACGUCGCCAUACCCCAGCCCGAAUCCGCCGUAUCCUACAAACGAUGUAACGCAAUCACCUUAUCCAGCUGGAAACAUACCAUACCCUAUCGGAAAUCCGAGCAUUGUAAGUAAUUCACCGUAUCCCAGCCACAACGCUCCAUACCCUGAUAACCCCCCUCCAUACCCUGGAAACGAUUCGCCCUACCCUGCUGCCCUUCAAAAUGUGCCAUAUACACCAAAGCAAAUGGGAUCCACUCCAGAAACAGGAUCGAAUGCGCCCGGUAGGACCUUAUUAAAGACUGGUAACAUCGGUUUUACCGUCCAAGGCAACGUGCCUUAUCAGUCGCCGGGGGUCGGACCAUCUCUUCCUGUAUCUCCUGUUCCUGGAAACCCAUACUCAGCGGCAAGUGCACCAGUGCUUGAUUCCCCCGAUACUGAGAAAAAGAAAGAAAAUGAAUGAAAUUUGAAAAA